AAUACCAGUACGAUCGCUGUCGUAAAUUAACUUCGUGCAUUGCAUUGCAUUGGUAGGUGUGAAACCGAACUAGCUUUUCAGCAUGGAAGCGCGAGCUGUAGGAGUCUUUGCUAUGCGUAUGAAGUGGGCUCCUAUACAUCAGCUAUGUAAUAGAUGUUACCGGAGCCUAAAUAAGGCAGGCGUGUUGAGGGGAGCGUUACAAACUACCAUGGCUAGCAGAAGGACAUGUUCUUCAGACAAUAGCCUCAAACCAGCAGAUCCAUCAUUGAAUGGGUCAAGACUGACGGGUCGUAGUCUGAUGUUGGUAAAAGGUCGCGAUGCUCAGGACCUACUUCAGGGGUUAAUGACCAAUGACGUGCAGCAGCUGAAUGGGGGCGAAGGUCAAGAGGUCAUCUAUUCCAUGUUUCUAAAUAAACAAGGGCGAGUCCUGUAUGAUGUUAUGUGUUACCAGUGGAGUAACGAUCCAGAGGGAGACACACAGUCAUACCUUCUAGAGUGUGAUAGCGCCAUCUCGCAGGAAUUACAUAAACAUCUCAAACUCUACAGAAUCAGGAAGAAGGUGGAUAUCACAUCACUGGAUUCUGAGUACCAUGUAUGGUCCAUCUUUAGUCCUGGCCCCACUCCUCCCCCUAGCCCAGGAUCUAAUAAAUCCGGCCCAUUUCAUUUCUUCACUGACCCCAAGGUCAACGGUCUAGGUCAGAGGGUCAUUGUCCCACAAGGCAGUCAAGUACCUGGUAUUGAAGAAGUUAAUGAAGAAGACUACAUGACGCAUCGUUAUCAGUGGGGCGUGGCGGAAGGGGUCAAUGAACUUCCUCCCGGAGAUUGUCUCCCUCUAGAGUCCAAUCUAGCUCUCAUGAAUGGAGUGAGUUUUACCAAGGGCUGUUACUUAGGCCAGGAACUCACUGCCAGGACGCAUCAUACCGGAGUCAUCAGGAAAAGAGUCAUGCCGAUCCAGCUUGCAGGGAAUGCAAUACCUACUAUCCCAGCUGGUACAAGCAUCAAGACUGCUGAGGGAAAGAAUGUGGGGAAAUUCAGAUGUCACCUCCAUCAUAAUGGACUUGCCCUCCUCAGGACAGCUCUCAUAGGUAACAAGCUCAAGGUCACCACUGAAGAUGGAGCAGAAGUUGACCUGGAGGCAAGGAGACCGUCAUGGUGGCCGCAGGAAACUCACAAGUGAAAAGAUGCAAGAGAUUGGGACUAAAAUUGACCUGGAUUCUGCAGGAAAAUAAUAAUAAUAAUAUUCAGCUUUUAUAUAGCGCUUAAUACAUCUCGGAUGUCUCUAAGCGCUUUACAGAUAUACUAUUACCCCGGUCAUUGGAUUCAGUGCUUGCCCGCACACACUGUGUGCACAAUCUCCACUCCCUGGGGAGCAUUCCAGCCAGGCGUUACUUGAUGCUUAACCAACAAUGACGGUCGCAUCCUACCAGGUACCCAUUUUAACACCUGGGUGGAGAGUAGCAAGUGUAGGUUAAUAUCUUGCCAAAGGAAUUUAGUGCUGUGUCAGGAUUCAAACCCUCGACCUUCGCAUCUCCAGCGCCUUCAACCACUCGACCACAACACUCCCACAAGUGAAAAGAGCAUAAGAGGAAAUCAUAGACUUUGUUAGUCUUGGAUUCUGCAGAACUUGACUUAACUUGGAAUCUACAGGACAAAUGAAGUAAUCAUAAGAUAAAACAAGAUUGUGACAGAUAUAUUUGGAGUCUGCAGGAAACUAACAAGUGACAGAAUCUUAAAAGGGGGAAGCCCACCCCGAUAUCAAGUUUAUUUUAAUAGAUGCAGAACUAUGAAUGAAACCGGUCAUUGAAAGUCGCAUGAUGCAACUAAACGCUGAUAUCUCAUCGUAAAAUCCAUACAUUGUAGUAACUGUUUUGAAAUCAAAUGAUGGUGACUUUCGUUUUUCCCCACAGAUUCAAGCUUUCAUGACUUUAUGUACUUCAGUAAUAUGCAUCAAUCGAUAUCAUCUUUAUGAUAUUACAAGUUACAACAAGUAGUGACUGUACAGC